UGGUCCUUCUCGCAAGCCCGGCGGCUGGGCCCGGGGCCGGAGACCACCCCGGUGCAGGGACCGGGUGCCUCCUGGGUCCACCCGGACGGGGUAGGCGUGCAGAUCGACACCAUCACCCCGGAGAUCCGGGCCCUCUACAACGUGCUGGCCAAGGUGAAGAGGGAGCGCGACGAGUACAAGCGCAGAUGGGAAGAGGAGUACACGGUGCGUGUCCAGCUUCAGGACCGGGUGACUGAGCUGCAGGAGGAAGCCCAGGAGGCUGAAGCCUGCCAGGAGGAGCUGGCCAUGAAGGUGGAGCAGCUCAAGGCAGAGCUUGUUGUCUUCAAGGGACUGAUGAGCAAUAACAUCACAGAGCUGGACACCAAGAUCCAGGAGAAGGCCAUGAAGGUGGACAUGGACAUCUGCCGGCGCAUCGACAUCACUGCCAAGCUGUGUGACGUGGCGCAGCAGCGGAACUGCGAGGACAUGAUCAAGAUGUUUCAGGUCCCAGCCUCGGUGGGGCGGAAGCGGGAGCGCAAGCAGGUCAGUGACGAAGACACCUCACUGUCGGAGAGCGAUGCCUCCCGAAAGCCUGAAGAGGAAGAGGAGGACGAGACCACGGCCAUGAGUAUCAAUGAGGAAAUGCAGAGGAUGCUGAACCAGCUGAGGGAAUAUGACUUUGAGGAUGACUGUGACAGCCUCACGUGGGAAGAGACAGAAGAAACGCUGCUCCUCUGGGAGGACUUCUCCGGAUACGCCAUUGCAGCCGCAGAGGUGCAGGGGGAGCAGGAUGACAGCCUGGAGAAGGUGAUCAAGGACACCGAGUCACUGUUCAAGAGCCGUGAGAAGGAGUACCAGGAAACCAUCGACCAAAUAGAGCUGGAGCUGGCCACAGCCAAGAAUGACAUGAACCGGCACCUGCAUGAGUACAUGGAAAUGUGCAGCAUGAAGCGAGGCUUGGACGUGCAGAUGGAGACUUGCCGGCGGCUCAUCACCCAGUCUGGGGACAGAAAGUCUCCUGCCUUCACCCCAGCCUCCAACAGCGAGUCAGCCCCAAACGAGGAGAGCGAGGAGUCUGACCGCGACCCCCCCAGCGACGCUUCCAUCAGAUAAUGAGGGGAGGCCCCGCUCCCUCGGACCCCCUUCCUGGCACAGGGGUGCCUGAGCCACGCCUGGGAGAGACUGUCAGGGACGUGGAGCCGCUGGUAAAUGUCUGUCGCCCAGGCUCACUCCCGGUUUGGGGUGCUUGGCAGAUCCCGCACCCCCCUGCCACCGGAUGUCUUGCAAAUGGGAAUAGCUAGAUAGACCUGAGGGCCCAGGCCACUCAGCCUCCAGCCCCUUCUCUAUUCCCUUCCCCUGCUUUGGUUAAACCGCGGUUCGGGCAGGGAGGCUCCAAACCUGCCGAGGCGGCAUUCUCCAGGACCUGUCCCCAGGCUCCCCCAUACCCACCUCCUCCAGCCUCUGUCCUAGUACACUUGAUCUGCCCCCUGCCCUCCCUGCACCACACGGAGCCGAACGAGAGCCGUACCUCCCUGCAAACUGGACCUGACCCUGGUGCCAACUGGACCGAGCCCGGGGCUCUCUCUGGCCUUGCUGCUGGCCAGGUGCCUGGCUGGUCCCCGUGCUGCGCCGGGCACCCUGAUGCCCCCUGCCUCCUCUGGGGCAGGGGCCAACUCCCGCUCACCGUGCACUUUGCUUUGCCGCACUUUGGCGGUGCGCUCGCGUCUGUGUUACGGGGGCAAGGGGUCAUUAAAUGGGACAGUUUCCUUUUCUA